UCAAUAUCAACGUCGCCCAGUUAUCAUUGAGCUCCAGUGUGGGCGGUAGAGUACGAAGCGAGGAGGGACUCUAAAGGAUUUUUUUCCUCCUUUUUUCGUGAUUGAAACAGCGAUAACACAAGCCUGAUUGCCAAAGACCAAGAGAUAUCAUGAUACGAACACUCUCCUCUGCUUCAUCCCUGGACGAGAUAAGUGUCAGCUAUGACGUGCCUGUGGUGGAUCCCGCGUCAGUGCCAAAGGUGUUAUACGGCCACAGGACUUCGUUGGACUCUCUCUGCGACCCCGAAUGGAGCCAGGAGUCCCGGGUCCUGGUUCUUUACACGGGGGGCACUAUUGGUAUGGUCCGGAACGACAGAGGCAAGCUAGCCCCGAUUCCCCGCGAAUUGGAGACGAAUAUCCGACGCUAUCCGCACAUGCAUGACGAUGCUUACGCCACUAAGAGAUUCGGGUGUAAUGGAAACACUCCCCUGGUUCUGCCUGACUGCAAAGAGAAACGUCGGGUGGCUUACUGGGUCUAUGAAUAUGAACCGCUUCUUGACUCUUCGAAUAUGACGAUGGACGACUGGAUCCGAAUCGCCAAAGAUAUAAGGGGUGUAUACGAGAUGUUCGACGGCUUCGUUGUGCUCCACGGGACAGACACUCUCGCCUACACAGCCUCGGCUCUGUCCUUCAUGCUGGAAAAUCUGGGAAAGCCUGUCGUCAUCACAGGCUCGCAGAUCCCCAUCUUCGAGACGAGAAGCGACGGUCGAGACAACUUCAUCGGCUCUGUGAUCAUGGCCGGGAGCUACAACAUCCCCGAAGUCACGGUUUUCUUCAACAACAAGCUGUAUCGAGGGAAUAGAACGACGAAGGUGUCCACGGGCAGACUGCAGGCGUUCGAUUCCCCUAAUAUGGCUCCGCUGGCUAUUGCUGGCAUUUCUAUUCAAGUUGACUACCGUUCGAUUUUCCGACCGACCCGCUUGGAGAAGUUUAUCGUGUUCGACCGCCUGAACCGCCACGUCGGGUUGCUGCGGAUCUUCCCGUCCAUUUCUGCGGAGACGGUGAAGCAGUUCCUCCAGCCGCCGAUAUCCGGAGCCAUAAUACAGACCUACGGAGCGGGGAACAUGCCAUCGAACCGGACAGAUAUUAUGGAGGUACUGAGGGAUGCAACAAAACGAGGCGUGAUUCUCGUCAACACCACCCAGUGUAUGCAUGGAGCUGUUGACACAAUCUAUGAAACGGGAGAGGCCCUUGUUAGCGUCGGAGUGAUCGCUGGCUUGGAUAUGACCCCUGAGGCCGCCCUGACCAAACUCAGCUACGUGUUGGCGAAGUCGGACUGGGACUACGAUACAAAAAAGAGGAUGAUGAUGAGGAAUCUCCGCGGGGAAAUGACCGUGGUCGGCCAGGAGGACGAAGGCGAGAACCAGGAGCUGGACGUGGUGGCGGCCAUCUCGCGCGCCCUCCAGCUCUCGUCCAGCGAUGACGUCGAGCGCAUCCGGGACCUGCUCGUGCCCACGCUCUUCUUCACGGCCGUGUCCAACUGCGACAUUAAGAGGCUCGACGAAAUCUUCUCCAAUUCAACGGCAUACGGAGCAGAGGUUAAUCUCCUGGAUGUCUCUGGGUGGAGUGCCCUGCAUAUGGCGGCCUGCGAUGGAACGGCAGAAGUGGUGACUUGGCUGCUGCAACAUGGGGCUUCUGUGCACGUGAGGGACAAGCAGGGACAGACGCCGUUGAAAGUGGCUGUGGAGAACGAUCACCAUAAGAGAGCUGAGAAGAUAUAG